GCCGGCCCCGGGCCUGCCCGCCGUAGGCCGCACGGGCUUCGCGACGGAGGCGAAUUCCGAGGCGAAUGCCGCCGUUCGGAAUUGGAAACGUAAACAAAGGGAGGAAAAUAGCUCGUGAGCGAACUUCCUUGAAACGGGGGAGAAAACCGUAUCUCGGAGGGUGCGUCCCCGCGGAGCCCGGGGCUGGCGCCGGGCUGCGGGAGCGCCGUGCCGCGCCGUGCCGCCUUCACGUGCUGCUCCGCGCCGCGCUGCCUUCCUGCCGGGCUCGGAGCGGGCACAAAGCGAGGAGGUGGUCGCGUCUGUGUAGUUCAACAGGCACGGCGUGCGAAAAACUGAAAUGCGAGGGUUACGCGUUGCUUCAAAAAGGAAUUGAAUGCUGACGUGCUCUUCAGGAAGGUGACGCACUCCCUAGGAGCAGGGUGUUCAUUUUAAAGAUUCUGUGAAGAUGAGAAGGGAUAUCUUAUGGUUUUACAGAAUAUAGAGCAAGACCUUCUGACAUGACGGCAAAAAAUGUUGGUGUGACUUCCACAAAUGGAGACUUGAAAGGAUUUAUAGAUCAGAACCAGAGUCCAACAAAAGGUAAUAUUUCAGUAAUCACAUUACCAGUUUCCAGUACCAACUCCCCAACAAAGAUAUUGCCAAAAACCUUAGGACCAAUCAAUGUGAAUGUUGGACCCCAAAUGAUAAUAAGCACAUCACAAAGACUGACUAAUUCAGGGGGUGUUCUGAUUGGGAGUCCAUAUAACCCAGCUCCAACGAUGGUGACGCAGACACACAUAACAGAAGCUACUGGCUGGAUUCCGGGGGACAGAAAGCGGACUCGAGAAUUUAUAGAAUCAGAUUUUUCAGAAAGUAAAAGAAGCAAAAAAGGAGACAAAAAUGGAAAAGGUCUGAGGCAUUUUUCAAUGAAAGUAUGUGAAAAAGUUCAACGUAAAGGAACAACUUCAUACAAUGAAGUUGCUGAUGAGCUGGUAUCAGAAUUCACGAAUUCCAACAGCCACCUAGCUACGGAUUCGCAGGCUUAUGAUCAGAAAAAUAUUAGACGGAGAGUUUAUGAUGCCCUUAAUGUGUUGAUGGCAAUGAACAUAAUUUCAAAGGAGAAGAAGGAAAUCAGAUGGAUCGGCCUUCCUACAAACUCAGCUCAGGAAUGUCAGAAUCUAGAGAUAGAAAAACAGAAGCGGAUUGAACGGAUAAAAGAGAAGCGAGCCCAGCUACAAGAACUGCUGCUGCAGCAAAUAGCAUUCAAAAACUUGGUACAAAGAAAUCAGCAAAAUGAACAACAAAAUCAAGGCCCCCCGGCCUCAAACUCUACAAUACAGCUGCCUUUCUUAAUCGUCAACACUAGCAAGAGAACCGUUAUUGACUGCAGCAUAUCAAGUGACAAAUUUGAAUACCUCUUUAAUUUCGAUAAUGCUUUUGAGAUUCACGAUGACAGUGAGGUGCUGAAGAGAAUGGGCAUGUCCUUUGGGCUUGAGGAAGGCAAGUGCUCAGCUGAAGACCUAAGAACUGCAAAAUCACUGGUGCCAAAAGCUUUAGAAGGCUACAUCACAGAUAUGUCUACAGGAUUGUCAUGGAUGAACCAAGGAUCACUUUCAAAUUCAGCACAAGCAGUUUCACAUUCAGAGAUAGCAGGAGGCACUUCUGAUUCAAAAUCAAGUGAGAAUCCAGGGUUGUGUUUGGAUACUGAAGUGGCUUUAGCAACUGGGCAGUUUCUUGCCCCUAGCAGUCAGCAGUCCAGUAGUGCAACAUCACGCUACUCUGAAUCACGGGGAGAAACUCCAUGCUCAUUCAAUGACGAAGAAGAGGAUGAAGACGAAGAAGAUCCUUCCUCUCCAGAAUAAAGACAGUAGAAAAUGGAAUACGCAAAAUGCUGCUCAUAUAUAUUCCUAAUGGGAGCUCCUGUUUGGAUUUUACUUACUUAGGUUUCUUGCCUUGGUUUGCACUGUGUUCAGUGAAGCAAAGUGGAAGCUUCAAAACAAAUUAAUCCAAAGCUGAAAUUGAAAACUUUUUAUAACUGAACAGAGUGACAUGCAGACACAGAGCAAAGUGGUAUUUCUUUUUUUUUAAUCAACUACAACCAAGGAGAAGAACAAAGUCCCUGGAGAUUUGGCAAAGUAAACAUCAAGUUUGUAUUUUCCAUUUUGGGAUAUUCUGUCUCAAGUCUCUGUCUUCAUCUUAUCUUUACCAGAUGGGGGAGAAAAUGCUGAUUCUUGUAUUGUCUUUUGGAUGUUCUACCUUUAAAAAAAAAUAAUAAAACAGGGGCGGGAGGGAAGAGAGGGAGCACAUGAAUGUGCUAAAAUAGCUAUUUAAAACUUAUCUUGUAUGAAAAUUGUUGUAGGGAAAAGGAGCUGUUACGUUAUUUGCUUUUUUUCUGUUCAACUUGCUGUAUUGAAGAUUCUUAAAGUAAUAUAAAUUGCAGGUUAUUAAAUGAAUCUUGGAUUAGUUUAAAUCCAUUUUAGAUACCCUAAAAGUAGCUUGUCUCUUUUGAAAGGUUCACCUGUUCAUUUAUACUGCAGACCUAAUUUAUUACAAGUGAUUAUACUUAGCCAUUAUUAAACAGUAUUCUCUGCACCAGCUUUUUUCAAGGAAAGAAAAGUUGAAACAAUUAUUUAUGGAUUACAGCAUAUCCCAUAUAACUUCUCUCUUACUGUUCAAAUGUUAUAAUCCAUUUGACUUUAUAGCAUGUAUAUUAAAAAAGCAAAAAAAAGAAAAACAAAGCAAACAAAGAGGCCUCUACGUAUUAAGGAUCUCAGGCAGUAUGUUUUCAAGUCAGGUAAUGGAAAGUUCAGAUUUUUAGGAAAAAAUAAAUUUUGACAAUAUGCAAUUUCAUGUUUUGCAGUCAUCUUGGAUUAUGAUAAUUUGCUUUUAAUUAAUUUCUAUGCACACACCUCGAUACGCCUUUGAAAAAUACUAAUAUUGAACAAGUUAAAAUAACUUGGCUAAAGUUAUACAAUGUGAAUUCCAUUUGAACUGUUAAAUUAUACUUAAAACAGGAGGCUCCAUAUUCUGUGUCUAACAUCACAUCCACUCACAAAGACCUUUUCAAAAACCCCUGCGUAGCAGCAGAACACUGUAGAUGCACAGUUCUCAUGGUGUUCCAACGUCCAAUAUUUUAACUAGCCUCAAACUAUUUUUAGUUAGGUAAAUAAAAAUAGUGUUACUUUUUAGUUUCGUACUGUAUGUCAGUAGUUGACCUUUUUCUAAGUAGCAGUAUAGUAGCUGUCAGAUCUCAGUGGCAUUGUCUCUGUUAUUUAAAGAUCAGGCAGCUUAGAAUGCUGUAUAUGCUUGAGCAGUGGCAGCACGUUGCACCUGCUGACUGCCGCGGCCGUUACUCAGGCACAGCACGGGCUGUGUCCGCCUUAGCUUUUACAAAGCUGCACGCAAGCCAGUGCGACCCAGAAGCACUCAGCCUGAGGUAGGAAGGUGAACCAAUACUUGAGCUGAAAAGAUGGCUGUUGUACAGCUGUUAGCACGUGACUAGCUACAUACAGGACAGGUAAAACUGCAAGCAGCAUGCAAAUACACCUGCGUGUUCGCAUUAAAAAUCAUCCACGUGGAAACUUUUUCUAGAUAGUUUGAACUCCUGCAUUUAUCAUUAGGACAGCACCAUUAUUAAGACAUACGGCUCUUCUUUGGGAAGGCAGAGCAAUCUAGCUUACACAAAUGAUUUGCAAGCGCACAGACAAAAAAAGAAAAUCCCAUACGCCUACCCUGUUAUUCACCCUCCAGGCAAGACUGUUAGACUGCCCUGUGCACAUGGCUCACAGGCAACAGCAGAGCAACAUUUACACCACCUCACUUCAACCAAAUCUGUAACGCUACCUCUAUAUGAAGAAAAGCUUUACAAAGAGAAAAUGAUAUUCUCACUGAGAGGCAAUGUACUUGACUAAAAUGCGAGAUAAGACAACAAGGUGACAGAUGCUCUGGACAUAUCAUUAGGGAAUUACCAGCUACAUGAAUGACAUUUAAACAGGCAGUUGCUUUUGUUCUUAAGAAUAUACUGUCCUGUCAGCUUUUAUUGGAAAGGGCAGAUGGAAAAUACCCCAUGUACACAGGACAUUCUGAGGCACUUUAAGAGGGAAGAGCAUUUUCUCAAUUAUUCCUCACCCCUCAAUACGUUAUGGGCGAAACUACCUGUAUGCUGUCUUCACAUUUCCCACUCAAGAUCCACAUAAAAAGAAAAAAUAGCAAAAUAUUCAACAACUUCUGAAGAGCUUGAGGCACUUUGAAAUAUAAGAUGCUGGCAAAAAAAAAAAAAAAAAAAAGCUUCUUGCCCAGAAAUGGAAUGUAUUUUAUUAUGUAUUUUAUUAGUAGUCAGAGUGCUUUGUGGGAGGAAGAUCUUCAGUGGUGCCUUGCUCCCACUGAUGUCUAUUUCCUUCAGCACAGCAGCCUGCACAGCUGCUUGCUUUCUAGCAAACUCAAAGCUAUCAACUUUUUUUAAGAAAAAAAAAAAAAAAAAACCUUUUUCCUACUUUUCAAUUUAGGAGCACAUAACAUUUAGAAAGCCGGUGUUCAACUGUCUAAGUUAUUUUUCUGAAUUAGUGGAAUACAAAGGAUAGAACAAGUUAGAACACUUAGAAGAAACUUCAAAAGGAAAUUCUUUCCUUAAGAUUCUUUGUGCCAAGUUACGGUUGAGGAUGGAGUUCAACUACAGCACUGUGUUCCUGUGGUUACACCAGAGUCUGGGAACUAGCAGACUUCUGGGCCUUAUCCAACUGUAGUCACUCAUGUACAAUCUCAGGCACGCCUUUCAGUCUUUCUUGUUGAGCUUAAUUGGCAUUAAAAAUAUAAUAAAGUAGGUAAAUGCAGGACAAGACCUCAGUAAAUACAGAUGAUGUUGCAUCUGCAUUAAGCUCUGAGUAAUUAACGAACAACAAAGGGAUUAAGAAUAUUAACCAAACCCAUUGCUCCCACUAAGCUAGUGGCAGUAGCGCUCAGCUGCUUCAACACAGCAGCCUUUCCUCUGUAAGCCAGCAGCUGGUAUUUUCAGCAGGCUCUCUCAUUUUCUGUUCAGGUACUCCAGUAUUCUACUUGCUUGUGCUGAGCAUUCCCAGAUACAAAACAGGGUGCAGCUGGCACUAGAACGUAACUCAUAGGAGGCAGAGUUAGAAUUUGAAUUUUCAUACAAAUUCUGUUUGACAUUUUUCUGCCCCUUGGAAUGCUAUGUCUUGGUUAUAGAUUCAGCAAUGUAAUGCUGUGUAUAUAUGCUAUUUUACAUAUUGCAGUAAAAAAAAAAAAUAUCUAAAUUUGACUUAAAAGAGAACAUGGCAGCUUCAUGAACUAGAUAAAA